AUGAACCACCCAUCACGCUUAAUCCCCGACAGCGGAGCCCAGUACGAGAAGUUCCUCUUUACCGCCUGGCCGGGAGUCCACAGCAUGUGGACGGGCGACAACAAGGAGUGGGAGGUCGACCGCUGCCAGAAGGUCAUUGGAGAGAUGGAGACCGUGAUGAAGUUCCGGCUGCCCCGCUCCAGCAAGGGAUACGCUUGGCCAUAUGAUGCCUCGUUGUUCAAGACGGGCACAAAGUGGGGAAUCCCAGAGAUCUACGCCCAGGGUACGGCGUGGGUGAAGCAAGCCCACAGCAUGUGCGGCGAGCCCAUUGGAACCACUCCCGAUGCCAACCUCAACCCAUACACCAUGUACCUCCUGGCCGCCAUCUGGGCAAUUAUCGGACAGGGCCGCUGCCACCUCACAGGCCUGAUCCUCUCCAGCGAAGUCGGCACCCCACAGGAACUCACCUUCAACUUUCGCAACCCCAAUUACACCAUGGCCACAGGUUUCACCUCCCCACGCCCCGUUACGCUCGCCCAGUGGGUCCCCGAAGAGUGCAACCUCCUCCCCGAAUCCAAGUUUGCGUCCUGCUUCCGCCUCCAGUUCCAGUUCCCUGGAGACAACUUUGCGGCGGGCUCCGACUUCCACACCGUCUUCAACCCCCUCCCGUACAGCAACAACCGUGGACUCGUGCCCAAGGGUCCCUUCCGUGACCCUCUCGAGAGGCAGAAUGAGAUCUUUGAGGCGUACUCGCAAAAGCGCCACAUGGCCAAAAUGACGAUGUGA